AGGGACUGCGAGGUGGCGCUCAGCACCUGCUCCUCCAACCCCUGUGCCAACGGGGGGACCUGCCAGCCCCAGGAGGGGGAAGGAGCUGGCUUCAGGUGCCUGUGCCCGGUGGGCUUUGAGGGCCCGAGCUGCCACAGCACCAGUGACCCCUGCAAGGAGCACAGCUGCGAGAACGGGGGCUCCUGCGUGCCCAGCGCCACUAACUACACCUGCCUGUGCCCUGCCCGCUACACAGGGGAUUUCUGCGAGCAGCCACCGGAUUUCUGCUCAGCUGAGCUCAGCCCAUGCCAGCAUGGCUCCACCUGCAUCUCCACCAGCCAGGGGCCCAGGUGUGAAUGUGCGCCCGGCUAUGUGGGGAGCAACUGCAGCGAGGACUUCGACGACUGCCAGGACCACCGGUGCCAGAACAACGCCCGCUGCCUGGACGAGGUGAAUGGCUACUCCUGCCUCUGCAACGAGGGCUACAGUGGCCAGCUCUGCGAGAUGCCACCCCGUGCCGCUGGCCAGCCCGGCCUCUGCGA